UUUUAUUGCGUGCUCUAAAUGCCGAUAUCGCUGCAAAUGGUCAUGAACUUGGUACCCAACCCAUGGAACCGGAUUAUGCGGAUACCGUUUAUAAUGAACUUGAAUUUGCUAGCAAAUAUGAUAUGAUGCAAAAAUUACAGCAGGACAUACAGGAGGAACAAGAUAUUGUUAGUAAAUCGGCAAUACUAAUGAAACUUUUGGAAGAUCCAACAAUUGAAACCCUACCAAUUGUCUAUGUGGAAGAGGAUGGAUCUCUGGACGAUAACAAUGACAACAGUCUCGAUUAUCAAACAAAUACAAAUGGAAUGACGAAACGGUCUCGUUACUACAGACGCUAUCCUUGGAAACGCCAUAAUAGAAAUCGCAGCACUUAUGAACCCGAGUUACGUUACGCUUGUACACCCACCAAGGAGGAUGUCUUCAAACUAUUGGUAAAUCUGCAUGAAAAUCGUAAUGGCAAAAAUGGUAAAACUAUCAAUUUCUGUAAUCGCAAACGUCCGGCCAAGGCAAUUUUCACUAAUAUCAGAUUUCUGGGUUAA